UGCUUAUUUGAGGUUAAUAUGAAAAAGGGUGGUCGCUAUCAGCACGUCUAGGAAUCCGUACAUAUUCACUGUUGUAACCCAAGUCGCAGGACACAAAAUAGCCGUUAGGGAAAAACGGAGCUGUAGAAUGUCACCAGCAGUGUAUGCGCAUGAGCUUGACAAUGCAUUUCUCGCAGAAAAUGUAGUUUGUCACCUUUUUUUUAAAAGUUCAUUACACUACAGUGGUGAUAGAAGUGACAAGAAUUAAGUGGUACUGUGCUGUUAUCCUUUACUGAUCGCCAUACAAGGUUAAUGUGAAGUAACUAGCGCAAUCUGACAGCGCUAACCCAUAAAAAUGUACUUUGAAUAGUACUCUACUUGGUCAAUCGAAUGGUAAAUGUGAAAAAUAUUCGAUUAUCAGUGGCACUGAAAUUUUAUGUCACACUCUCAAUAACCGGCAAAAGGCCCAGUAGGAGACUGAAUUAAACCUUUUAAAGUUAUGUAUUUUCUGAAUCGUUAUCGAUUCCGCUUGGUCACAGUGAGCGAAACUAGGCGAUAUGAGCGUAUAGUUGCUAUGUACAUUAUGUCAGAAGGAUUCAGCCUAGUUGUUUGCUACCUAAACUUCACAGCACACUCAUCGCCGUUAACUAAAUGUAUACGUAUGAAGUAGUUUUUUUUUUAUUUUUUUUUUUACAUUUAGAGAGUUUAUUAUCUGUAUUUUUACAGGACAUACAUUUAGGUAAUGAUGUUGUUGGGAAAGCGGAGACAUAUACACACGUAACGACAUGGCUCUCAAGCCCGUGGAAAAGCAAACCGGUUCUUAGAAGGUUCGCAAGUUGAACCAACUGCGAACCGGCACUAGCACCAGCCCAGAACCAGAACUAGGUUCACGUUGGUGGAAAAGAGGUAAUAGUGAAACGUGAGUUCAUUUCCUCUAUUUAAUCAUGUAGCAAAUUUCUAAGGAACUCCUUCGUGAAACUUAUGUACAUUACUUAUCUAAUCCUCUGGUAAAUUCCCAGUAAAUCCCUUUGUGAAACUUGUUUACAUUAUCGCUAUCUAAUUGCUUUAUAAAGGCUGAGUGAAGAAAUAGAAGAAUAUGUUCAUCGCACAGCACCAUAGAUCCACCGGUCUGUUUUCUUCCAGCUGGUAUCUACAGGUAAGAUCCACCAUGGUCUCCUUCCCAAUGUCGAAUCUCAUUUUUGUGGCUGUUCUUUCUGGCCUAACUUUGGUGUCUGAGCAGUGCGCGGACACCUGUCCUGAAGGCUGGAAAGGUUUCAACGGCUGCUGCUACAAGCAUUUUGACCUUCUGAAAAACUGGUGGGAAGCUGAGUCCCACUGUAUGAACCUAGGUGGACAUCUGGCAUCGGUGCACAGCAAUGUGGAAUAUCAGUUUCUGAGGGAGCUCAACAAGUACUCCGACCCACAUGACAGUAUAUUCUGGAUUGGGCUGACAGACAUCCAAAAGGAGGGCACAUGGGUUUGGUCAGACCGCUCUGCAGUGGACUUCACCACCUGGAAUCCUGGGCAGCCUGACGACUGGCAGGGUGUUGAGGACUGCGUGCACGCAAACGUGCCUGAACAGAAAAACUGGAACGAUGUGUAUUGCAGUCAGACGUACCAUUUCAUCUGUGCUGUGUAUUCGAACGCGGCGGGGAAGUGACGUGCUGGCGUCGACGAAUAAAAAAGCAGCUCUCGGACGCUGUCCGAAGGAUAUGCGCUUGAAGCUUUGAUUUCUCACCCUCUAUUAUCGCUAUAUCUGUUACCUCUGUCCCUCUAAUAAAGUCUUCUUUUAAGCAUGUUA